AUGACAUGUCGCGGAGUUGAAAUAGAACCGUCGAACAGCCUUGCCCAAUGGAAACGCACGAACGAGGGACGCACGGAUACCAGUGCUGGCGAACAUAUUUCGGUCAAAAUCAACAAGACGCAACAUGCCAUCAUCGACUCCUUAAGGGAAGCUGGCUCCUUUAUACCUGAAGCGAAAAUUUUGCCAGACACAGAUCUUGCAGAGGUCCUUACCAAUAGUGGGCUAGACAGCGCGGGCCUGCUUAUUUUCAAGACAGCCUUGGAGAAACGAUUGUCUUUGCCAUCGCCAAUACCAGUAACCGCACUGAUAUCAGCUAAGACGGUGCGUGCUGUCGAGAUCGAAAUCAUGAAAACAUCGAUGCGAAGCAACCACGGGCUAUUACUACCGUUCGCCACAGAGGGCUCAAAGACGCCGCUAUUCCUCUUCCCGCCUGGAGGGGGCGAAUUGAAUUGCUGGAUUGAGCUGAUCCGCUAUUUGCCCAACCGGCCCAUCUAUGGCCUUCGGCUUCGUGGGCUUCAACCGGGCGAAACGGCAUUCGAGAGCAUUGGCGAAAUGGUUAGAUCCUACGUGCUGGAAAUACGCCGAGUAAAACCCCGAGGACCAUAUGCACUAUUAGGAAUGUGUUUUGGAGGCAAUGUGGCGUAUGAGGUAGCCAAGGAGCUCGAACACCAGGGAGAAAUUGUGAAAUUCACUGGAGGCAUCGACAACGCGCCGUACAUCACCCAAAUGAGCUUUGCCGCACUCCGAUUUUUCAUCAUCGACUUACUCGCUACACGGCGUCUGAUCACUUCUGCCGAACAAACCAGUUUGAAGCAGGAACUUCAUCAUGCCGACCCUGCAACGUUCCCCAAAUUCAUCAUGCGCCGGUUUCGAACCCGACUUCAGACUGCGGGCAUAACGCGUGGGAGACUUGAGGCAUGGUACCGUGUGUUCUCUGGCACGGCUCACAUGGCAGAUGGAUAUUCCCCGGAAGGCAAAAUUGAAUCUUACACCUCAUUUUGGGCCUGUCCGCUGCCUGAAUGGGGCAUAUCCCAAGAAGAAUGGCAGAUGAGAAUCCAGGGCUGGGAAGAUCUGAGUCAUCGAGCGGCUUUCCACUUCAUUUCUGGCGGGCACUAUACAGCGUUGUCUAAAGAGCAUGUUGUCGGCUUCCAGAAGGUCCUCAACGCGGAACUCGAGUGCUGUGAAUCUUGA